AUGAUUAUUGAUGGUCUGACCAGUAUUGAUGUGAGAUCUGUCGAUGGCUUCCAAGGUCAGGAACGCGAUAUUAUCAUAUUCUCGGCUACCAGAAGCAAUCAGCAUGGACAGAUUGGCUUUCUUUCUGAUCCAAGACGAUUGAACGUAGCACUGACGAGAGCCAAGUCGUCAUGUUGGGUAGUAGGAGAUGGUUACACUCUACAUAGGUCAUCUGGUAGUGAACUUUGGAAGUCUUUGAUUCAGGAUGCCAAAAGCCGUGGAGUAUACUUUGAAGAGCAACCUGUAGCAACCAAUCAAUCGGUAAUGGCAAAAAAAUUGAAAGAAAUAGUUGGUGAAGAGACGGGUUGGCAAUAUUGUCAAUCGCAACGAACAGCCGCACCUCUUCCAAACGAGUUAAAUAUUAUGUUCGAAAAUGCUCGUUGGAAGAUUCUUGUGUCACGAGCAGCUCUCGAUGCACUACGAGGUGUAAGCGAGGGCUUACGAAAAUCUCUUCUGUCGGUGGCCUCACAGCUAGCAAGCGGCUUUAAGAAAACCAGCUUUUCUUCCAAGGAUGUUGGACAGUACAAAAAGUUGCUGAGAUGGGUGGACUGGCAAUCCUAUAAGAUCGUUUGGAGUGUCGGGUUAGACUCGACUGACUACAAACAAUGUAUACGAAUCUGGAACAUCUGCUCUAGUCAAGACUCUGAUGCUUCUUUACGAAACAUUGAGAAAAUCUUGCUGUCGCACUCGCCAGAAUAUCUUGAGAAAUGGUAA